AUGAACUACUUCGAUAUGUGGGCGUGGCUCUUCCGAGUCAGGAAUGACAUCAGGCAUACGAAGAAAUCGACGCAGACUACACUAAAUAGGAAAGCUGCUCAGAAAGCCACUGUUGGGAAAGUGCAAGAAGCUCUCGCUCCCGAUACACAAGCUUCCACCACAGACGAAAAGCUCGAUGUUUACAAGCGCACAGGCCACAUCCUCGACAACUACGCAGCUUCUCUACAGAUCGAAGCCGAGACUAUCUCUGCUGUUACCGAAUUGGCUACCCAGAUAUUGAAGGAAACACCUACUAUCAUCGACAAGAUCAACAACAACCUUCCCAACAGCAUCGCGCACUACAAUUCCAAACGAGAUCCUGUGCCCGAACACCCGGUGACGGAUAUCGACCAAGAAAUCAGUUCAUUCAACGCCCUCUACGACAAACUUAUGACCACAGAGGUCAAACUGGCCGUUUUGGGCGCUUUCUGUCCAUCUAUCCAUUGUGCCCGUAUAUCCUAA